UAUGUGUACAGAAAUCCUCCCCAGCCACAGCUACAAUCUACUCCUUAGACAUCAUCAUAAACCCCCCUCUACAGAAACAGAAGCAGAGAAGAAUCAGAGAAUGGCAACUAUGACUGGUGUGAGCCUUUCAUGCCCCAGGGUUUUCUUCAACGCAUCAGCCUCACCGCAAAACGCGCAUGCUGUAAAGUUCUCACUUCCACCCAGCCAAGCAGUGCGACCGGGUAGUAUCAAGUUGGGUCGCGUGAUGAGGAUCCGACCCGUUCGCGCUGCGCCUGAGCGCAUAUCGGAGAAGGUGGAGGAGAGCAUAAAGAACGCGCAGGAGGCGUGCGCCGGCGAUCCGACGAGCGGCGAGUGCGUGGCGGCGUGGGACGAGGUGGAGGAGCUGAGCGCGGCGGCGAGCCACGCCAGGGACAAGCAAAAGGAAAAGGACUCCGACCCGCUCGAGAAUUACUGCAAGGACAACCCGGAGACCAUUGAGUGCAAAACUUUCGAAGACUGAGCAUGCAUGCUUCGUUCGUACGUGAGACUAUUGCGUUUCACUAUAUAUCAAAUUGUGAACAGCUGUGUACGUAUUAAUGUUUCUUUAAAGCAUAAUCCAUAGCCACUCAUAGUUUCAUGGUAACUUAUGUUUAAUCAAAGCCAAUUAUAUAUGCACUAGUUUUUUUCUUUCUUAUGUUUUCAA